CCGGGGAGGAGACCCCGGGGGCCGAGGACAGGCCGGGGCCGCGGACGGCGCUCUCCACGCGGCGCUUCGUGGUGCUCCUUAUCUUCAGCCUGUACUCGCUGGUGAACGCCUUUCAGUGGAUCCAGUACAGUAUCAUCAGCAACGUGUUCGAGGGCUUCUACGGCGUCUCCUCGCUGCACAUCGACUGGCUGUCCAUGGUGUACAUGCUGGCCUACGUGCCCCUCAUCUUCCCGGCCACCUGGCUGCUGGACACCGGAGGCCUGCGGCUCACCGCGCUGCUGGGUUCCGGCCUCAACUGCCUGGGCGCCUGGGUCAAGUGCGGCAGCGUGCAGCAGCAUCUGUUCUGGGUCACCAUGCUGGGCCAGUGCCUGUGCUCCGUGGCCCAGGUGUUCAUCCUGGGCUUACCGUCUCGCAUCGCCUCGGUGUGGUUUGGGCCCAAGGAGGUGUCCACAGCUUGUGCCACCGCCGUACUGGGCAAUCAGCUUGGAACUGCAGUUGGCUUUUUGCUACCACCAGUUUUAGUGCCCAACACGCAGAAUAACACAGAUCUUCUGGCUUGUAAUAUCAGUACCAUGUUUUAUGGAACAUCAGCUGUUGCCUCACUUUUAUUUAUUUUAACAGUAAUUGCAUUCAAAGAGAAACCUCAGUAUCCACCAAGUCAGGCUCAAGCAGUUCUCAAAGACAGCCCCCCUGAAGAGUACUCCUAUAAGAAAUCAAUACGGAACUUAUUUAAAAACAUUCCUUUUGUCCUUCUGUUGAUUACUUACGGUAUCAUGACUGGAGCAUUUUAUUCUGUCUCAACUUUAUUAAAUCAAAUGAUACUGACAUAUUAUGAGGGAGAAGAAGUGAAUGCAGGAAGGAUUGGGCUAACACUGGUAGUAGCUGGAAUGGUGGGCUCAAUUCUUUGUGGCUUAUGGCUGGAUUAUACCAAAACGUACAAACAGACUACUCUGAUAGUUUACAUUUUGUCUUUUUUUGGAAUGGUUAUAUUUACCUUCACACUGGACCUUGGAUACAUUAUCAUCGUGUUUGUUACUGGAGGGGUGCUUGGUUUCUUCAUGACUGGCUACCUCCCCCUGGGUUUUGAGUUUGCUGUUGAGAUCACUUACCCUGAAUCUGAAGGUACUUCGUCGGGCCUUCUUAAUGCUGCUGCGCAGAUAUUUGGAAUUUUGUUCACAUUGGCUCAAGGAAAGCUCAUAUCAGACUAUGGUCCUAAGGCAGGGAACAUUUUCCUGUGUGUGUGGAUGUUUGUAGGCAUCAUUUUAACAGCAUUAAUCAAGUCUGAUCUGAGAAGACACAAUAUAAAUAUAGGAAUUACAAGCAGUGAUAUUAAAGCUUUGCCAGUUGAUAGUCCUACAGAUCAAGAAUCAAAAACAAUUAUGAUGUCCAAACAAUCAGAAUCAGCAAUUUAAGGAAAAGUUAAUAUCAUGUGACAAUCAAGUGAGAAUGUGGAAUGUAAUUCCAGAAGAACUCAACUGGGAAUCAGGAACUCCAUAUCCACAUCCUGGCUCUUUCUAGCUGUCCCUGUAACUCCCUGGGCAGCAGUUUCCUCAUCUGUAUAAUGAAUGUGUUCGAUUUGGUCUCAGAGAUCUUUGUUAAAUCUUAAAUGCCAUUCAUCAUGGGGUAGAUGAAAUCACUGUACCACAGAAACUUACCUAGCUAGAGAAAAAUUCCCUGAACAAUUGGAUAAACAACUGAUGAUUGUUAUUUUGUGGAUACAGGGAAUUUGAAAUGUUUUAGCCUCUUUACUCAGUUGGCCAUACCUUUGGCAGAAUAUGCUGAGUCAUUAACUUCCUAAGAUAUUUAUAUCCCAGGUUUUUUGGCCUCUCCUCUAAAUAAUAAUUUUUUUUAACUGUCAGUGUUGUUUAAAAUAAUCAUGUGUUUGCUCUAUUCCUGAGAUUUUUGAGUCACAGAUAAAAGUUGAACACUUUAUUUCUGAAAAACAUAUGCAUAUAUGUCAUGCGUAUCUUUCCUUGUUGAUUAGAAAAAGGAUGAAAUAUGUGACAAAACGUAAAAUGAAUAAAAUUUCUGUUUUGAGUUAAAGUCAGAUAAUGUCAUGUAAUUCUGUCUUUGGAAAAUGGAGUUGGAUAACCAUCACUUGUGUAAAUUUUAAUCAAAUGAUUUUAGAAAGAAACUGGAUGCUUUCCAAAGUUGUUGAAUUUAUAAAUGUUGCAAAUACAGCUUUUGCUUUUUGUGAAUGUUGGCGAAAUGUCUUUAAAAAAAUGUUUAUGUGUAAACUCAGCAUUGCCAGAAGAAUGCCUGUCAUUUUUCAUAUUCCAAUUUUUGCUGUGUUCUAUUUAUGUGUACGUUCAUUCUUCAGUAUUUCAGAUUGAAAUAAAUUUAUUUUUUUAAUGUUAAAGUUCUGAUACUUAGGUGCACAUGGGGAGUGGAAAGGGAUUAUAAGCUUUCAGAAUGGGUGGAGGAGGGAGAGAGGCGGUUGGUGGAACACGAGGAAACAAAGUCCACCUGGGCAGGGCUAACCAGCAAGGUAGCAUGUGCUUCACCUGCUCACCUGCCUUGGUGGCCGCCCCUUCGUUGGGCAAGAGCCAUCCCGGGACACUGCAUCUGUGCUUCAGACUUCUCUGCCCUUUGCUCCUGGGAGCAUGUGCCUUAUCUGAAAGGAUGUGUCAUCUUCCCUCAAGCCCUUGCCGAUUCAUGUAAUAAAACCAAUCUAAUAAAA